GGACCCUCCUCACCUACCUUUGCUAUUCAAGUAACACACGUACCAGCAAGGUGAUAGUUGGCUGCAUGAGGAAGGGCCACAGUAUUCACAGGCAGCCGUGUUCUAAGGGUGUUUCUUGGGCAGAGGAUAGUUCAUAGUUUCACCACUAUGAAACCCAGUUGUCUGCAGCGGGUUACAGGCUGGAAACAUGGGAAUAUUUGGAAAGCUCAUACUGCAAGGGCUGCCUGCUGUAUUUUAAAGCUGGAGAUUGUAAAUGUAAUGCAAUAAACAAAAUUGUUUGCGUUACACUAUUAAUUUGAGGGAGUCUCUUAUUUCUCUGACUUCCUCUGCAGUUACAGCUAGUGACCCACUUUGAAAACACACCCGUGCACUAGAGCUACGCUAUACAACAUGGCAGAGUGUCACAAAAAUUUUGAGUGAGUGCAGGUAGGCACAGAAGUGCAGGCUAAAAAAGAGCUUUUGUAUGAAUGAAAAAGGAACAGCCUGGAAAGGGGGAAGAACAAUUUAUUCACAUCUUUCUCAACUUGUUCUUUGCUCUGAUUUUUCCUUUGGGAGGGUGGCACCUGGUAGACUAGGAAUUUUCAAAAAAUAACAGGGAUUUCAUAUAUCUGUUUGUGAGCACACCUGGAUGUGUUGAAUAUUUUGCAGUAGUAAUUAUGUCUGCACACCUGCUGGUUUCAGUCCAAAAUCAGUUUGCCAGACAUGCCUAGAGAGAUUUAUUUCUCCUAUACCUGAAAAAGCUCUUUUACCACUGAGGUUUUUACUACUCUAAAUAAGCCUAAAAAAAAAAAGCAGAGGAUUUUUUCUUGUCUUUGCUUGAGCCAUUGGUAUCUCAAACUGAACUGAAUUUGUAGGGGGAGGAGGGUGUUUGGAUGAUAUUUUAAUAGCAAUUUGUUUUUGCUUCAAUGUGUGAUAGAAAUACAAGUGACAGGAGUGGGAACAGGAGAGUUGCUGAAUUCUGCUGGAAUUUUUCCUGUGGGAAUCUGUUAAUGUUUUUAAUUCUCUGAGAGAUUUUUCCAAGUUCAUUGCUCGGAUGGCUCUGCCACCUCCGGAUCCACAGUUUGUUCUCAGAGGUACCAGUGCUGCAGUCCACACUCUGCAUUUUUCCUGUGGAGGCCAAGAACCUGGCGUCCCCACUCUUUUCUCUGGGUCUGAGAAUGGGUUUAUCCAUGUCUGGAACCUGAAAACACACAGAGUGGACACAGAACUGGAUGGCCAUGGAAGAAAAUCUGUCUACUGCGUGGAGACAAUUGGUAGUAAAAACAGGCUCCUCAGUCAGGGUCGUGACCAGAGGAUCUGCUUGUGGGAUUUAGCAGAGGGACGUACUUCGGUGACGGAUUCUGUCUUCACGGAGAAUGUGGGAUUCUGCAGAUGCUCUCUGUUAAAGGUGGCAGAGGGACGCUGGCUAGUGGCUAUGGCAGCCAAGGCCCUGGAGGAGGUUCAGGUUUUGGAGCUGCCAUCCAAGACGUCAGUCUGUACCUUGAAGCCAGAGGUGGGUGCCAAGCUGGGCAUGCCCAUGUGUCUGAAGUUAUGGCAGCUCAACUGUGGUUCACAACCUUUGCUUCUGGCUGGCUAUGAAGAUGGAUCAGUGGUCCUUUGGAAUCUGUCAAUGGGAAAAGUGUUGAGCCAACUUGUUUGCCACCAGGAGCCAGUGAUGAGCCUUGACUUUGACUCGGAGAAGGCCAAGGGGAUCUCAGGCUCAUCUGAAAAGGUGCUUAGCAUCUGGAGCCUCAAUGAGCAACAGAACCUCCAGGUUUACAAAACACACAAACUUGUCAACGCUGGCAUAGCUGAUAUCACCAUCCGUCCAGACAAGAAGAUUUUAGCAACAGCGGGGUGGGAUCAUCGCAUCAGGAUCUUUGGCUGGAAAAAACUGAAGCCCUUAGCAGUGCUGGACUACCACACAGCAACUGUCCAUUGUGUGUCCUUCUCAGAUCACAAAAACCCCAGUGAGAGACUGCUGGCAGCUGGCUCAAAAGAUCACCGCAUCAGUAUCUGGUCCAUAUAUACACAGACAUGACAUGUUCUGCACUGUCAUGGAGUAGGAAACCAACACUGGUGAAGCAAUGCUUUACACUGUAAUGUGGGGCAGUAGUAGAAUGUAUUUUCAGGCUGAAGUGAGAGUCCUAGGUUAAUUCUUAUACUGCUUGUUCAAGCUGCAAGUUUUGUUUUACAGAAAUGGAAGUGGAUUUUUAAAAUUCAUAACAAGCAGAGCGAGGCCAGUCACAAACAAAGACACAGAACAAGUCAUUUCUUUGAGUUCUGCUACAGGUUUUGCAACAGCUUUUCUUUGGCAGGUUGCUCAAAUAACUUGUGCCAAUAUCUUCUUUUGUAAAAAGGGACUGGAAUCCCUCAGACUGCAGUGGGGGCAGACUACAUCUGUUUGUAAGUCAUGUAUCCAAGAAUCUGAAUCAGUGUAAAAUAUCACUCUUUCUUGAAAAUGUAUACCCAUUAAACCACCUCCAGUGGUU